AUGGCGGAUGGGUCGCCAGAGGAUCGUGCGUACCCGAAACAAAUGAAUGAAUUAACUUUUUCCGCAACCGACCCGUCCCAUGGUGACAUAAAAAAGUGCAGUGAACAUACAGUGGACGGCAGAGUGAGGUUAUCGUUCUAUACUGAACUAGAUGAGAGUGAUUCGUGUGAAAAAUGUGAGACACUCGGCGUGGCCGCUAAUCGCCCCGCGGCAGACGCAUCGAAUUCCCAAAAAACUACAGGGUCCCAUACAGAUGACAGUGACGACCGGAAGAAGAGAUGCUUCGACAGAUAUGAUAGCUCCGAAUCUUCUGACAGGUAG